AUGUCCAAGGAGGUUGCAGACGUCGCUCUGACGACUCCGCUCUAUGCUGGGGGCCUGUCGGUUUGCAGCCUCGCGAUGCUCAUGGCGGCAGGAUCGCGACAAGAUAUCUGGAGCAUCCUCAACAACGUCAAGCUACGCGGAAGCAGCUCAGAGACCAUGAAUGCUCUCUCGCAGGCCAUUCGACGACUCAUGACUGUCCCGUGCCUGAGAGUUGGAGCAUCCGGUCUCUUGCUCAUGGUGCUCGGCGAGCUUCGCUUCAGGCGGGCGAUCCGGCGCCUGGAGAUCCCUCUCUGCAGAGGGGCUUGGAACUCCUUCCUCGCAUGCUUCUGUCCAGGCCCGCUGACAACCAUGAUCCAAGCCCUCGCUGCCUACUCCUACACGCGCUUGAGCGCCUCCAACCAGCAGAUGGCCAGAUGGGCGGUGGGGGUGCAUGCUGUGGGGUCUAUGGCCGCGUGGGUCAGGUCUCUGCGAAAGAUCUACUCGGUCCGCAACUCGAUGUCUGUCCUCCCCCGGGACGUGGAGACCGGCAGGGACCUCAAGUCGAUCCCGGAGACGGUUGAGUUCAUCGAGAUCUACUUCUCGUCCGAGACCACCUGCCCGGAGACAGACAACAGGAGGAUCGACACCGUCCUCAAGUCCUUCAGCCCGGCCAAGCGCAAGGCUGCGGACUGCAUCAACAUAGAGCAAUGGGACCACUCGUACAAGCGGCUGGUGGUGGACAGGAGCUGCAGGGAGAAGAACUCAGAAGACUUGUCGGUGACUGUCAAGGGCCUGCGACCAGGCUUGUCCUACUCGAUGUUUGUGGUGGGAGUGAGCAAGGGAGGAGUUCGGGGCAACCAGUCCAAGGUUGACGAGGCAGAGAGGGAAGCUGACGAGCUGACGGGUUUGCAGAUCUUCUCCUUCACUACCAGCGGAGGCAUCUUGGGCUCUCAGGCGCUUCGGUUCGCGCUCGCAGCUGUGACGUGCAAAUGCGCGAGGGAGAAAACCAUGAUCGACGCCCAGGCAAAGCUCCGAACGCUGAUGAACUCUGAUCCGAGCGGGGAGAGGUCUCUGAGAAGCAGCCUGAGGUUCGAGAUGUGCAUGGAGCAGCUGGAGCAGGGACCCAUCUUCCACUCGUCCUACCGCGAUGGUGAUUCCUCGUUGCGGUCUGUCUGGGAGGAUCCUCUGGCAUGGGAGCACCUUGUGUCCGCCGCGAUCGCCAUGGUCGACGACUUGAGGAUCGUGUGGUGGGGGAAUGAAAAGGAGGAGGAGGAAGCACCUUUCUUCGUCGCAUGCAACUCAACCAUCGCCGUCAUCUGCAUCUCAGAUCAGUGGAGGAACGAUGAAAUGACGCUGAAGCCCAACAACGUUGUCGAGAGGGUUGGAUUCGGACGCAUGCAACGUGAAGCGUCAGAGCUUCUGAUAGAUGUCUGCUCCAAGCUACACAACUCACCCCAGGUCUGGAGGUUCAUCCUCCACCGUGAGCUGCUUGUCACUGGUUUCGGUCUUGCCGGAGCUGCUGCCCACCUGUGGAGCGCCCAGGAACUGAAGAUACUCUCUUGGCCUGUGGUAUGCAAGACGUUCUACAGUGUCGCGCUGGCCCCUCCAUUCCCAGGAGACACAGCUCUUGCCAGCAAGGUUCGGGCCAGUCAAGACUCCGCAUUCGAGAACGUCUUCUUCCCUGGCGAUCCCGUCCGAUAUCUCCCCGCUUACCCCCUCACUUACCGACUCUUCUCGCGCGUUGGCCCCUGGUUUCGCUGCUUGCUCGGCUCCUCCAUCAGGGUUCUCAUCCUACCCGCCAUGCUCGUCUCAAAGUUGCUGCUGCAGUCCAGCCCUCGUCUCCCUGACGACCUGAUUAGGCUACUCGGUGCUCGCUACCACUGCGUCUACAGCCCCCCGAGCGUCUCCUACGAGCAUGUCGGGAAGACCUUCCUCCUCCAGCCCCAGCAGCCGACGGCAACGCAAGAAGGUCAGCCAGAACACGUCCUCGUGCACGAGGAGCGACAGCCAUGGAACAUCUCCAAGUACUUGCGGAAGCAGCGGCAGGAGGACUUGCGGCUCCACUCUCUCGACCUCUACCACGACAAACUCAUACGGCUACACAGCAUGACAGUCUGA